ACGCUUACCAGCAGAUCUAAAGAAGAAACAAUGCAAUCUUCUCCGAUCUUAUCAUCAGACUUCUCCUCCUCCUUUCACCACCCACGCGCCGCGGCGUUAGCCACUACUUCCGCCGUAACGAAUUCACAUCCUCCGACGAUAAAAUUUCACUCUCUAUCCUCCUUUUCUCCUUCCUCGACACUAGUAUCUUCUUCUCGUAGAUGUUUCACCUGCCGAUUUGGCAACGAUUCUUCGCCGUUCGAUACGAGCGAGGAUGAUUAUUAUAGUAGCGAAGAUGAAACUGAAACUGGAAUUGAAAUUGAUGAUGAAGAUGGUUAUUAUUGUUUGACAGAUGGGAAGACAGAGGAAUUGGUAGGCGAAGAUGGAGUUCUCAUAGAGGUGAAGAAGCUCGAGAAGAGCUCGCGGCGGAUUCGUUCGAACAUUGGUAUGGAAGCGAGUCUCGAUUCGGUUUGGAAGGUAUUGACUGAUUACGAGAAGCUAUCUGAUUUCAUACCAGGCCUUGUUGUUAGCGAAUUGGUUGAGCAAGAAGGGAACCGUGUUCGUCUGUUCCAGAUGGGACAGCAGAACUUAGCACUAGGUCUUAAGUUCAAUGCCAAAGCUGUUCUAGAUUGUUUUGAGAAAGAGCUUGAGAUUCUGCCACAUGGGAGGAGACGUGAAAUCGAUUUUAAGAUGGUAGAAGGAGAUUUCCAAUUGUUUGAAGGCAAAUGGUCCAUCGAACAACUUGACAAAGGGAUUCAGGGGGAGGCUUUGGAUUUACAGUUUAAAGAUUUUCCAACAACGCUUGCGUACACGGUGGAUGUAAAACCAAAGAUGUGGUUGCCUGUGCGAUUAGUUGAAGGAAGAUUGUGCAAAGAGAUCAAAACUAAUCUUAUGAGUAUCCGAGAUGCAGCACAGAAAGUUAUUGAAGGUGUUAUUCAUGAUCUUUGAGUUUUUUUUGUCUAAAGCCAAGCUGAGUUAGUGUUCCACUUCUCUGCAGGUUAGAUAAUAGAUACUACAAUAAGUUAUAUAGUUUCUUUUCUUUCUUUUUUGUGAAUUUUGAAAUGUUAUGUAAGUGGCUUUAUAUACACACAUUGUUCUCAAUUGUAUAUUCUGAAUUUUUUGGCUUUGAAUAUACCAAGUUUUUUUGGAUA